CGGGGCUGGGGAAGGGCGGGGCCGGGUAGUCCUGGGCCUCAGUGCGCCGGCGCAGUGCGCUCUCCUCAGGGCGGCGGAGGCGACGCGCCGGGGAAGAUGGAAGACUACCAGACUGCGGAAGAGACCACUUUUGUUGUUGACGAAGUGAGCAACAUUGUGAAAGAGGCUAUAGAAAGUGCCAUCGGUGGCAACGCCUAUCAGCACAGCAAAGUCAAUCAGUGGACCACAAAUGUCGUAGAACAAACUCUAAGCCAACUCACCAAGCUGGGAAAACCAUUCAAAUACAUUGAAGAACGGAGCAGGACUACACACGGCGAGUUCUUGCUUCUGGGACAGCUCUACUGACGGGAGCUGCACCGUGCGAUGGGAGAAUAAGACCAUGUACUGCAUCGUCAGCGCCUUCGGACUGUCCAUCUGACUGACCACCUCAUCCCCCCAGGCUCUUUCUCCUCUGUCUCAACAUUUCUCUCCGAUCUUCUAACCACCAGCCAUGAAUUCAGUGAACAGCUUUCCCGCUCUUUGUUUUCGGUGGCACUCUCAACAUGCAGAGAAAACCCAAAUGACCGCACUGUCCUGUGAUCAGCACACCCUCAAUCACGGAUCGUUCUUGGGCAGUCGGAACCUGGACUGCCACGUGUCCGCACUCUGAAUAUCUCUGUUCAAAGGUGCUAAACACUCAACCUGAUAGUGUGAACCUUUCUCUACUCUCUGAAAUCAUUCAAACACACUAAUUUUUCCAUACUUUGUACUUUUGUUAGAAUAAAUUAUUCCAAUUUAAAGUUUGUUUUUCUUUAGUCUACAUCAGCGGUGGCCAACCUUUCGGACCUCACGGACCACCAGUUGGUGACCGCUGGUCUAACAAACAAAAUCUUCAUAUUUAAUUAGUGCGUCAGCAUCUAUAAAACUAAAAAGGAAAACAAAAACAAGCUGCAAUUUGGCUUUGGUUCUCUCCACACAAAGACUUACUAACCCAUGGGCCAGGCCCUGACAGCUCCGCUGUGUUCUGGUGAGAUCUCUUCUACCUCCAUCCUAAGGCUCCCUCUCCUAGAGCGCAGGUGGGAAGUGGGCCCACUGACUCUGUUCCCUUAGCCAGGAGCUCUAAUGCACACACACGGCUCAGAUCUGCAGCACUACAGCUUGUACUCCGUGUUCUCAUUUCCAGUAGCAAUCUCACAUACACAAAUUUUUUAGUACUUUAGGGCUUGCAAAAUGCCUUCACAAUCAUUCAUCUUGUAUCUACAACAAUUAACACCAUUAUUUUAGAAAAUGUGUUUGGAGGUUAUUGGCUUGAUUUAAAGUUAUAUCCAAGUAAGUAAGGAGCUGGGCCCCAACCCCUGGUCAUGUGACCUCAUCUUUGUGCUCAUCCUUGGGCCACAUUAUCUUGGCAAUAAAGACACACUCCAUGUUCACCUGCUGAAAUGAAAAAAACCCUGCUCUUGUCCUGAAAGCACUCCCGUAUGAAAGAUAAGUUAACUCCACAUGCAAAAAGCAAACCAACGUAAUAAAAAAGGGUCAAAUAUUGCAAACAUACACGUACCAAAAAGGUAGGCUCAGAAUGAAGCCACUCCCAAAGUUUGCCAUAAAUAAACAUUUAUUCAUUUUAACUGAUUACAGUGCUCAUUCUGUGAUCGGGUUUACUGUGCCCACUGACAGAAGAUCUAAUUUGCAGCUCUACCCUUUCAAGCUUUAACUCUAGUGUGUUUUAUUUUACAAAUAUUUACAGUCUUCUUGUAAAAAGGCAGUUUUCAGUAGCAGAAAAAUCCUUCUGUAUUUCAGAGUAUGGUAUAGUUACCAGUAUAUCUAAAACACGUGAAAUCAAGAUAAACAGGAUAACAAGAUGUCACAGACUAAAGCAACUUCCCUUUGGCCUGGGGAAAAGAUUUUUUUUGAAAAUCUAACCUCUAAGGCAACUGCCUUCUAAAACCCUUAAAAUACCUAAGUAUACUUUAGUGUUUGCAGGCAUCCCUUUUACAUCCCUUCGAAUGGCGUCUGUGUUGUUCCCUGUGAAAAGGAUUCCAGGAAGUAAGUUACUGCCCACGUUAUAACCUAUUUACCAUAACUAUACCUUUAGUAAAUACUUCACAAAAUUUAGAGGCUGGUGACAUUUGUCUUAUAAAUCUCCCCAUUUAGUGGGCUGGUGUACAUAAUGUAUCCAAGCUUACUACAGUCUGUAAUCCUAUACAGGACUGACCUUGAAUCCAUUUUAUAUAUCGCCUUCUCUAGCCUUUCAAAUGGGGCUUAAGAGAGAGAAACCACAUCACUUCACUGCAGUAAUGAUUUAAUAAUAAAUCAAGAGGAACUGUUGUCCACAGAGAUAAUGACAGUCUCCCGAGGAAAACUGAAAUACCUGCGGUCAUCUUCCAGGUCGCCCUAGACGGGACCAACACAAAAAGUUAUCCCAAAGAUGAUGCUAUUCAAGCGGUUACCAUGGAAGAACUAAAGUUAGCCCUUUGACUUUAUAAUUUAAAUUUGCAAAACU